AUGCCUCCAGCUUCUAGCCAGGGGAAACUGAAGAAGUGCCAGAAGGCCUGUGAGCGAUGUCGGUCAAUGAAGGUCAAGUGCUCGGGCAUAAGCCCUUGCACAAGAUGUGCUCGAAGGAACAAGCCCUGCCACUUUCCAGUUGAGGAACUUCGGAUAUCAGUGUCAGAACGGUACUUGCGAGAGCUAGAGGGGCAGAUAUCCAGAAGCGAAAAUUCACGGCGACGUGGGUCAGUAGCGCCUCUUGGUCACAGUGUCCAAGACGGCACACUGCCGGGAGAUGAGGAUGCUGAUAUUCCUCUAACUCCUCAAGAAUCGAGUAUACCGCGAGACACUCCAGCUCAUACUGGAUGGCGCUCAAUGCAGAAUGGGACAGGGCAAUCCCUGCAUACCCCGGAGACUCCCCGGAGAAGGGAUGAGAUUGAUAAAGAAGUCGAACAAGACACUCAUAGAUCGAGAUUUUCUCGAAAUCCUCUUGUUGAUGAGGACCCAUCCUUUGCACAAACUCCAGAUGGCAGGUUAUGGUACAUGGGACCAAGUUCAUCAUGGUCCUUUUGUCGUCGUGUCCUUGCCCUGAUAGGAAGGAAAUUGCCAGAAUCAAACUCUCUGCCAGAUCCACUACAUGUUGACGGUAUGGCUUACAGGUUGACCUGGCGGCCAUCUCCUCUGGAUGAGGUACCUGAUGUCACCAAUCUGCCACCGUUGGAUUAUGCACUAUUCUUGUUCAGAACUGUCCAGUACUACUUUGGUUGUCUUUCUUUCAUGUUCGAUGAACAUGACUAUUUACGAAACCUGCAUGAGUUCUACCGUGACCCACCUGCCAUAGCCGCUACCAAGAGAUCUUGGUAUUGUCAAUAUUUGCUUGUUCUUGCCUUCGGGAAAGCUUUUUUGACACAAAGAAGUCCAUCUGGUACACCACCUGGUCAUCAAUACGCAUCGCGGGCUAUGGCUCUGUUGCCCAGUUUGUCAGGUGAUGACAAAGACCCCUUGGGGGGUAUACAGGCACUGAGCCUUGCAGCGGUGUAUCUUCAAUCAAUCGAUAUGAGAUGCGCGGCAUUUCAACACAUUGGACAGGCCUUACGUGGUUGCAUUCUCGAAGGGAUACACAGACAUGUACCAGAGGAGAUGGGUGGACCAGAUCUCUCCAAACGAUGCAGAACUAUCUUCUGGGUGGUUUACUUACUCGAUAGAGAGUUCUCUGCUUUGGUUGGUGCGCCCAGCUCGAUCAGAGAUGAUGAUAUUACAGUCAAAUUGCCAGCAGAGAUGGAUAAUUCAGUAGAACAUGUCAACCUAACGUUGCAUGUGCGACUUUCUCGGCUUAUGGCCACCAUUAUGACGACUGUUUACGGAGUUGGCAAUUAUUUCAACGACACACUUGUUCGAAGCACACAGUCUGUUAUUUACAGCAUGGCUGAACUUUCUCACGACCUGACCGAAUUUCUAAAUACUUAUUUCCACGGACUGAUCAGCCGUGCCUCUAAAAUGGCCAUUCGUCUAAUGUUGGCACAUCAUCAUUGCGUGGUACUUACGACGAGACCGCUCGUGAUGUGCGCCCUCCACAUGCAUAUUGAACAUAUCGAACGAACACAGAGACAGACGUCCCAAAUAAUAGGAUUAGCUCCACCCGUUGCGUCGCUGUUACAGUGCUGUGCCGAUUCAGCCCAGACUAUUCUCCAGACCCUUCGUACCCUGGCAGAUGAUGACUUGAUGGAUGCAUUUCUACCGUUUCAGAUAGAAGCCGCAUUCUCCGCUGGGUUUGUUCUGUACCUAAUGCAUUCAAUCACCCCGUCACUGAUAUUGAGUGAUACUUGGUGCGACAACCUGGAAUGCGUGUUGGAUAAACUUAUUGCAAAGGGCAAUUUAGCUGCCCCACUCCGAAAGCUUGAACUCAGGCAGCUGAAGGAAUUACUCGCACCCUUGACGCCCACAUUGGCUAAUGACAGUCUGCCACCAGCUCCUCUGCAAGAUGAGAACGAGAUCGGCGAGCAAUCCUAUUCCUUUGACCAGGAGGAGUUUGAGUGGGACAUGUUGGCAUUGAAAUCAACCGUCAGCCUUCCACCGCAAGAGCUGUGGGAUCUGGCAGAUCAAUUGGAUGUUGACGGGAUUCUGCAGUCAGUCGGGGUAUAG